UCCAAAUGUAGGAUCUUCAUGUACGUAAACAUAAUAAAACGGAAGAAUCCGAAAAGCCAGGAAUUUCAAUUGUAUGAAAACGUGAGAAAACUCACAAACUUAAAGAAUCUGAAUCUCAUCAAUAUAAUACAUGUAAAAAAGUGAAUAAUACAAGUCUGAAUAAUGAGCGAUGGGAAAAAUUUGGAAUCAAAUGUACGUAACAAUAAAAAAAAUCGGAAGAGUUUGGAGGAAUCCAUAGAAAUCAUAUGAAUCUGGAAUAGCUGAAGGAUCGUAUGCAAUGUAGGAUUUUAAAACAUAUAAAACACGUAAGAAAAAUUGGAGCUGUCCGAAAUGCAAAAUUUCGAACAUGCAGUUUGGUACUAAGGAUUGAAUGAAGCAACACACCGAAUAACAAAAUUUAUUGUGAUUAGUGAAAGUAAACGCAGUAUCCGAUGAUAUAUCUUAAACCGCCGUAGAGAGGUGGAGCCGUUAAGAUUUUAAUAUAUAAGCAAAACGGAAAAUGGACUCAAGCACUCAAAGCUGCGCACACCAACAUGAAUAAGAUACAGGUAUUCGCCAUUGUGUUGAUUGCAGUUGCAUCUGGGGAGGAAGCGAAGAAACAGGAAAAACGUGGUCUUUUAGGAUUGGGGUAUGGACAUGAUGGAUUAGGGCUCGGCGGGUUAGACGUUUUGGGAGGUCACAAUGGUUUGGGUAUUGGAGGAGGUGCAGGCGGAUUAAUUUCGGCUGGUUUGGGAGGCCUGGCGUUAGGAGUCAAUACCGUUACGACUAUUAACAGAGCUGUGCCCAUCCCAGUGCCACAACCGGUACCUGUUACAGUUAACCGCCCCAUACCAGUGCCAUUUCAAGUCCCAGUGCCGGUUGAUGUUCCGAGAGCAGUUCAUGUACCUGUGCCUCAACCAAUUCCUGUUCCCGUUAAUAGGCCUGUUCCAGUUCCAGUACCACGUCCAGUUCCGGUACCGGUACCGAGUCCCGUUCCCGUUUCAGUACCUCAACCUAUCCCAGUUCCAGUACCACAACCGGUGCCUGUUCCAGUUCCCCAACCCGUCCCGGUCAGUGUACCACAACUCGCCCAACCAGUAGCUACAGCCGGCGCCGGAUUGUUAGGAGCUGGACUCGCAUCGGCCCCCGGACUGUCCGGAGCUGGGCUUGCAGCUGAACUAGGAGCCGGUUUGGGCCAUGGAGCAUUGGCAGCUGGUUAUGGUUCCCUUGAUUUAACACAUGGUUCAUUCGCUUUGGGGCACGGAGGUGCAAGUUUAGGACAUGGAGCAAUUGGUUUCGGUCACGGCUCCCAUGUAUGGUGAUUUACCAUUGACUGUUAGUUAAGUUCGUGUACAGAAAAUAGUACCUUGCUGGCUUUGUACAAUUUAUUUCUAAAUAAAUUUUGUAAAA